GAUCAGGUAAGAUGUGGAGGUGAUAGCAGGUAUGACAAGUUAAACCAGCAUGGCGAGGCGACUCCACUUCAACUGCAAUUUCUCCGCUGUUAGAAGAAAGAGCCCAGAAGCCAAAUCUGGCUCACAGCCCAACUCCCGGCUCGUAGUGUGGAUCUGGAGAUGAAUAACACUAGCUAAACGCGGGAAUUUGCUUUCUUUAUUUAUUAUGUGCUUUUGCAAACGUCAAAGUAACGAAUCCCAGUUUGGCAUCUAAGGCUUCAGAUUGGGCUCGAUUAAGAACGUUUAAAUGGAAUUAUUUGGACAGUUCAGGCGGGUCCUCCAUGUGUUGGCAAAGGAGUCGCAUCGUACACUGCAGACAGACGGUGCAGUUUGAGGAGAGAUUUUCGACGCUUUCCCUCAUUCCUUUUCCCUCGUCCCCUCUCUGUUCUGCAUCUUAGCGCGCGGGCGCGCGCGAGAGAGAGAGAGAGAGUUUCAUAAAGUUUCUGGGUGCCAAGAAGCGUCUCUCCGAUUCCUUAUCAUGAGUAACCCCACAAAUUCUUCACAGUUUCACCAAAAUCAGUUUAUGGUUCUUGAGGCCCACAAUGUCUAAACUUACAAGUUCUUCAGACUACUACUUAAAACUAGUCUGAUAUAGUUGAGGUAUUUACUACAGAGGCACGCAACAACUUUGGCGGUCUCUCCUUCACAUUCAAGGGCACUAAUUGUUCCAGAAAUGCCCGUUCCUGUACUCGAUGGGGGAAAUCCAAAUACAGCUACUAAUGGGGCCAUACAAAAUGAAAGGGAAUUACUUUACAACGUGGAGAUAGUCUUAGGCCGGAUUAGGAUACUUGAAGACGAUAUACAGAAGUUUGACUUAAAAAUCAAGCACCACGAGGCAAACCUGGAGUUUUUGAAGUGCCAAUCAAACAGCUUAGACAAGUCAAUAAAGGAUCUGGAAGGUGGACUUGUCGCACAUCGUUCAUCAAGAAAAGCUGAAACGAACAGUCAGAAUCAUGAAAAUGUGCAGAGUGAAAAGGAUACUAUUGAUCAGAUAUUGAAAGAGGAUAAAAAAGCUUCUAGUGUGUUAUGCAGGGAGAAGAGCUUGCAAGCAGCUGGCUGCACCCUGUCUAAAGAUAUUCUUGGUAUAGUUGCUAUGCUUGGGAAGGCACCAGAUGAUAACCUCAGCAGGCUUUUCUCGGAAUAUCUGGGAUCAGAAAAUAUGCUUGCAAUUGUUUGCAAGACAUAUGAGGGUAUUAAAGCUCUUGAAAGUUAUGACACUGAAGCCAAGAUCAAUAUCGUGUCUGGAAUUCAUGGAGUAGGAACUAUUACAGGAAAGCCUGUCAGUGGGAGAUUUCUUGCAAUUUGUCUCGAAGAUUUAAGGCCUUAUGUGGGAAAACUAGUCGCUGGGGAUCCACAAAAAAGGCUUGAUUUGCUGAAGCCCAGACUUCCAGAUGGCACACAUCCACUUGGCUUUAUCGACUUUGCAGUGAAUAUGGUCCAUGUAAAUCCUGCUUAUUUGACCUGUGUUACAUCCUCGGGAUAUGGCCUGAGGGAAACAUUGUUUUAUGAGCUUUUCUCACAGUUGCAAGUGUAUUGGACCAGAAAAGAAAUGGAACUUGCUCUCCCUUGCAUAAGUGAUGGUGCCCUAUCAUUGGAUGGCGGAAUUAUUAGAACUCGUGGUAUGAUUUCACUUGGUCAGAGAGAAGAAGUUGAAGUUAGGUUUUCUGUAAGUUUGCCUGCUUCAUCAAUGUCUCUUGACAUGGUUGAAUCUGAGGAACGUUUGAGGCUGAUGAUAUGGAACAAAGAAAGGAUUGAUGAAGACAUCAGAAGAGAGAAGAGUGUUUUGGAUAAAGUUAGAAGUAUGUAUACUUUGAAAAGAGAAGAAUUUAUGAAAUUCCUAGAUCAGAGCGCUCCACUAAUGAGCAAGCAUCAGGAUCUUCUGGGGCAAAGAGAGAAAUGCUAGGAGAACGGAGGUUGAGAUGAGUCCUUGCACAUUCAACUAAAUGUUCUCCAUUAUAGACAAUGCUCUACCAUCUAUUGCUUCGGUUUAAUAAAUGCUCAGACAUGUAAGAACAUGUCCUACAGGUUGCACUUCUCUAUGAAAAGCAGGGCCUUCACUAGUGAUAUCACUGACCAUCCAGUUCGUAUUCCAACCGGAAAUGUUAUGCCUAAAAUCUUUUUGGCGGUUCUGUUUCUGUGGAGCCAGUUGAUACUCCUGCAAUUUUUUGAAGCAUUACUGCUGAAUGAUGACUACCGACUAACCGAUAUUCUGUGGGUGAAUCCCAUACAGUACAGUAACUCCGGUGUUCUCUUUUUUGGUGCAUUUGGUGGUGUAUCUCUGUCACAAACCAGUCUGUUUUAAAGAACCUGAAUGCUUGAUUUGAUUUGAUCCGAGUAAGAUUCUGCUGGAACAUACUGAAGCUCUUGCCAGGAAUGGUUUUUGACUCCAUGAUUGCCAGCAUUUUAUUGGAGGUUAACUGUUUUGACAGAAGGAUAGGGGAAUAAGCCUGUAUUGAUCGUAUCGAGUUGGCAUUAUGGUCAUGAAAUACUUUUUGGACUCUAAAUUGUUAGCAGUUAUUGGCUUAAACGAUCAUACUGAGUUUCAUUGAAAUUUGAUAAGCUGUCUGCAGAUCUGACAUGGUUGGCUUGCCA